AUUCGUGUGUGAAGAAGCAAGCAUUGCGCAUCGUCGCUGUCGUUGGAAAGUGUGAAAGUAAGUAGUUUCUGAAGCAAAAUGACUGGUCGCGGUAAGGGAGGCAAGGGUCUCGGAAAGGGAGGAGCAAAGCGUCACCGUAAGGUGUUGCGUGAUAACAUCCAGGGUAUUACCAAGCCCGCCAUCCGUCGUCUGGCUCGUCGCGGUGGAGUGAAGCGUAUUUCCGGCCUGAUCUACGAGGAGACGCGCGGUGUGCUGAAGGUGUUCCUGGAGAACGUGAUCCGCGACGCCGUCACCUACACCGAGCACGCCAAGCGCAAGACCGUGACGGCGAUGGAUGUGGUGUACGCUCUGAAGCGCCAGGGCCGUACGCUGUACGGUUUCGGAGGUUAAGCACCUCGCUACGACCGCCACCCGACACCGACCGGUCUAUCGAAGACACCAUGGAUCAUAUCUCGUCUUGGAAAUCAAAACGGCCCUUUUCAGGGCCACA